GCAUUAACAUUAAGUAAAAUUUCUCUGUCUGAAACUACUGUCGGUCAAGUAGUAAAUUUAAUAUCAAAUGACGUAAACCGAUUCGAUAUUGCAUUAAGAUAUAUACAAUUUUUAUGGAUCGGACCACUGCAGACUAUUUUGGUCACCUACUUUUUGUGGCAAGAAAUAGGAGUGUCUUCCAUAAUUGGAGUAAUACUAUUUCUCGCAUUUGUUCCAUUACAAGGAUGGUUGGGAAAAAUGACCUCCGACUAUCGAUCAAAAACUGCCCCGAGGACUGACGAAAGAGUGAGGCUAAUGAACGAAAUAAUAUCAGGCAUACAAGUGAUUAAGAUGUACACAUGGGAGAAACCUUUUGCAUUGCUUGUACAAUAUGCAAGAAAGAUGGAGAUCGACCAGAUCAGAGGAACAUCGUGGAUAAGGGUUUUUAUGCAAUCAUUCAGAAUAUUUCAUUUUAGAUUAGCAUUGUUUAUUAGCAUUUUAUCAUAUGUAUUAUUAGGAAAUACUAUUAACACGAAACAGGUUUUCGUUAUAAUAACGUACUACAAUAUACUAUUGACAACAAUGACAGUAUUUUUCCCACAAGGAGUUCUAACACUAGCUGAGAUGYUGAUAUCCAUUAAACGUAUUCAGUCAUUUUUACUACAAGAUGAAAAGGAUAAGUAUUACAAACCUUUAUUAUUGAAAUCUGAUAAAAAAUGGACAAAUGGCGUAGAAAUGUCAAACAUAAAUAGCGAAAAUUAUACAGCAAAUACAACUGGAAAUCAAGAAGAUAUGGACCGAUUGGGUAAUUUUGGAAUCGUCGUUUCAAACGCCUCRGCUAAAUGGGUACUCAAUCAACCCGAUAACUCAUUAAAUAACAUUAAUUUAACCGUUAGACCGGGGCGGUUGGUUGCAAUCAUCGGGCCCGUAGGAGCUGGAAAAAGUUCAUUGAUUCAGUCAAUUUUAAGAGAAUUACCACUUUGCRAUGGAAGUAUUUCAGUGCGUGGCACCGUUUCAUACGCAUCUCAAGAACCAUGGUUGUUUAACGGUUCAAUUCAACAAAAUAUACUUUUUGGUUCGCCAAUGGAUCAUAAUCGUUACAAMCAAGUUAUAAAAGUGUGCGCAUUGAACACUGAUUUUAAACAACUUCCUUAUGGURACAGAUCUUUAGUAGGAGAAAGAGGAGUUUCUCUUAGUGGUGGUCAACGAGCGAGAGUAAAUCUAGCAAGAGCUGUAUAUAAACAAGCUGAUAUUUAUUUAUUGGACGAUCCUCUAUCAGCUGUUGACACACAAGUUGGAAGACAUUUAUUUGAAAAAUGCAUUAAAGGUAUUUCAUAUUCUUAUUAA